GGGGCAGGCGGUGAUGGGGACCCACCACUCUGUGAGGGUGACUGUCACUACCGGCUGCCCACUCUGUGCCCCCACGUCGGCUCCCUGUGGUUCCGGAGUGGGGCCUCCCAACAACCCCCUCUCCAUCCCGCCUCCAGCUGGUGGGAUCAAACCCUCCAGUGCCUCUUGGGCACCCACUGCCCUCUGCAGGACCCCCAGGGACCACCACCCUUGGCCAAGACGUGCCUGUCCCAGCCUUCCCCACGUCCUUGACCCGCUGUCUUAACACUGUCUGGAGGCAGGAGCCGCUGCUGGCACUUCUGGUGGGACAUCUUUCCAAAGGGCUGGAGGGACGCACCACCCCGGGGUGGGGACAUCAGUGCCUGCUCGCCGCCGGCCAGAGCAUCCCAGCCACAGGACUUGACUCAAUCUCUCAGAACUUUCCUGCCUCUGAGGCAAUAAAUGGUGAAACCAGGACAUUUCAACACAGAGGUGGCCCAACUCGGCACCACGCCACACAGAGCACUUCUUCUGUGUCAUGGCGGAGCUCGGAUCUUCAACAGAAAAUGUCCCCCAGUUUUGGAUACUCUGGGAAGCUGUAGCCCUCUCCCCAGCCCUCCCAUGCUCCUGCAGAGCUCAGGGGCCAUGCUGGUUUAUGCCAUGCAACCCCCGCGAAUUGCCUCCACCCUCUGCAGGUCCCGUGGGGCUCUGAAGACCUGACCUGCAGUGGGUUCAUGUUGGCCACUGUCGGACGAGAACAUAACCCGCCCUCCUGGUCCUUGUGGCAGCCCAUCCCUCGCAUCCUGGAGUCUGUCCCUGAACCCCAGGCUCUUUUCUGGAUGAGACCCUUACGGGCACAGGGCUUGCUGGGCUUCAAGCUUCCUAACAGCAGCAAAGUCCAAGCUCGCAGUGCACCAAGAACUGCUCCUCCUCCUUCUUGUGCUGUUUCACAGUCAGGCUACAGUGACUUCCUGGCAUUGCACACAACUUCUCACCAACCAUUAGGAAAGAGCUUCUGGUUUCAGGGGAGGGGGACUUCAGAGAGGCUUGUCUUGCACAAGUCCUUCUGCUUGGAUGCCUCCGGUGGCCUUUAGAAAGGAGGUGAGCACGCAGGAAAGCAUCUGCUGAUGGAAAAUGACACAUCUGGAGGCGAAAGAGGCCAUGGUGAGGCACCUACAGGCAAAGUUCCAAGGGAACAGGAAUGACCCUCCUGGAGUGGGUGGCUGGUCGGAGAGUCACUCUGCAGCACCUCCUGCAAUGGAGCUGGGACAGACCCCUGUGCCAGGCUCCAAGGGUGAGCCGCCUCCUGAGUCCCCCUGGACCAGGAAGGUGGACUUCAGCAGAGCUUCUCCAUCUCACAGUAAAGGUCAGAGUGCAGGACAGCAUUUGCCUUCUCAUCCUGUCUGUGAGACCCCGGGAUGGAUGGUGCGACUGAAGAAGGGGAUUGCUCAAGACAGCAGCUUCCCCCCAGCCCCUGCAAAGCCAGGAGGAGGAGCUGUAUUGAACAAGGAUGUGGGAGCCAUCUCUGACCCUCCCCAGAGAAACCCAGCCCAGCAGACACGGCCACUUGCCAAAGACAAGGGUGCUCCGGUGGUUCCUGCCAAAGGUGCGUCUGCUGCAGCCUCCCUGGACGCUGUGGGAAGCCCCCAUGGGUCAGGCCACUCAGGUCCGCCUCGGAGGAAGCCUUUGCCGCACGUCAAGGUGCUGGGAGCGAGGCCGGCCAAGCCCAGGCGCCCUCCUGUUGUGUGUCUGGAGAAGUUCAGUGCAGCUGCACGUCCUGGGAUGCCCAUCCAUCCUGCCACGGAGCCACCAAGGAGUGCUCAGCUGGGUUACCUGAAACCAGGCUAUGUUGCAUCAGCUCCGGCACAGUUCCCACCACAGGGUGCUCCCAGUGUAACAGGGGAUGAAGAGGAGAUAUAUGAUGAUGUAGAGCCCAUUGGGCUGCUCAGGAGUGACCAAGGCUUUCUGCUGCCCGCCGUGUCCCAGCCACCAGCGCACCCCUGCCCCAGAGGAGGUGGAGAUGCCGGUCAAGCUUCUAACAGGGUUGCUUUGUUGGCAGCUGCACAGAGAGAAGCCCAGGUCUCCUGGAAGAUUAAGCCAAUGACACUCAAGGAAUGCAAGAAGGAAGAGAAGGCAGACAGGGAGUUUCAGAAGAAAUUCAAGUUCGAAGGAAGCAUCAUCGUCCUGACUCAGAUGAUGGUUGACCCCGCAGUGACGGAGAAGAAGGGUGGAGGGAAGAACCUGCCGCUGAGACGAGGAGAAAUCCUUGAUGUCAUUCAGUUUACAAAUCGGGAGCAAAUCCUCUGCCGAAACAGCCAGAGGAGGUAUGGCUACGUGCCCCGGGCAGUGAUGCUACACCUGGACACUGACAUCUAUGAUGACGUUGAGAUUUACGGUUGAGCAAUCCAUGCUAAAGCCAAAGGCACAAGACAGCACCAACAGAGAUCUCCCCAAGGGCUGAAAGAUGAAAAGCACUAUAUGCCACACUCCUGCUUUGGAAGGAGCUCUGCUUCCUCUGAGAUAGCCUCUGAAAGCUGCCAUGUCCCUGCUGAAACAGUGGUGAGGCCAUUCAGCACCCUGCAGGGCUGCAAGAAUCCUGUCCCACAGGGGCAGGGGGCUCAAAGAGAUCCUCAAGUCAAGCCUUCUCUCUGGCUUUGUUUUGUCUGUGUAAAAUAUGGCAAUG